AUGGUUAGACGACAUUUAUCGGAGGUGGAAGUUGCUCGGUUAGUGACUCUUAUUGACGAAGGUUACAGUCAACAUGCAGUUACCAUCCGGAUGGGUGAUAUUAAUUUUGAUUCACCUCGGGGUGGUAUCAGUCUUGUAACCGAAAAAGGUCGAGAGACGUCGAGUCGUUUGAUGAUACAAAAUGCGGUGCCAGCAGAUUCAGGUUUAUAUACAUGCAAACCAAGCAAUGCAAAUCCUGGUAGCAUACGAGUGCAUGUGGUAAAAGUGGAAUUUAGUAUUGAUAAUUUUAAAUAUUAA